AUGACCACUCCAUUGAGGAGUGACGUGGUUGUGGCUGAAAACUUCACUGUGAUCGCCGAGUUCCUACUGCUGGGUUUUUCAAGCCUUGGUGACAUUCAGCUUGCUCUCUUUGUGGUCUUUCUCUUUUUAUAUCUAGUCAUUCUUAGUGGCAACGCCACCAUUAUCAGUGUCAUCCGCUUGGACCAAAGCCUCCACACGCCCAUGUACUUCUUCCUCGGCAUCCUGUCCACAUCUGAGACCUUCUACACCUUUGUCAUUUUACCCAAAAUGCUCAUCAAUCUCCUUUCUGUGGCCCGGACGAUCUCCUUUACCUGCUGUGCCGUUCAAAUGUUCUUCUUCCUCGGUUUUGCUAUUACCAACUGCUUGCUGUUAGGCGUGAUGGGUUAUGAUCGCUACGCUGCCAUCUGUCACCCUUUGCAUUACCCCAUCCUUAUGAGUUGGCAGGUCUGCGGGAAACUGGCAGCCGCUUGUGGGAUUGGAGGCUUCUUGGCCUCACUGACGGUGGUCAACUUAGUCUUCAGCCUCCCUUUCUGCAGUGCCAACAGAGUCAACCAUUACUUCUGUGACAUCUCACCAGUCAUUCGCCUGGCUUGCACCAAUACCGACGUUCAUGAGUUUGUCAUAUUCAUCUGUGGGGUUCUUGUACUCGUGGUCCCCUUCUUCUUGAUCUGUGUCUCUUAUCUCUGCAUUCUGAGGACUAUCAUGAGGAUUCCUUCAGCUGAGGGCAAACGGAAAGCCUUCUCCACCUGUGCCUCCCAUCUCACCGUCGUUAUUGUUCAUUACGGCUGUGCCUCCUUCAUCUACCUGAGGCCCACAGCAGACUAUGUGUCCAACAAGGACAGGCUGGUGACAGUGACGUACACCAUUGUCACACCAUUACUAAAUCCCAUGGUAUACAGCCUCAGAAACAAGGAUGUUCAACUUGCUAUCAGAAAAGCACUGGGCCAGAAAGGGUCUCUAAAGCCAUAG